AUGGAAACAAUCAGUACAUCUGUCAAACCUGCAACUCAGAGCUCAGUCAAGAUGCCGAUCACCUGCAGGAUUCUAUUAAACUCCAUUAAGACAGAAACGAUGGAAGAAUAUGAAGCAGAGGAGAAGACAAACAGCAGUAAAAUGAGCUCAUCAGCAGAGAAACAAACAAGCAAAAGCUUAGCUGGACCUCAUGAUGAGGGUGAGGAGAGUUUCAUAGGAGGACAAAUGGAUCCACAUCAGCGAGCCGACACUGUGGAGAAAACACAUCGCUGUGACCAGUGUCAGAAGAGCUUCUCUUCCUCAGCAUAUUUGAAGUAUCACCAACGUAUCCACACUGGAGAAAAACCUUUCACCUGUGACCAGUGUGGUAGGAGUUUCACUCAUCCUGGAGAUUUAAAGAGACAUCGGCGCACUCACACUGGAGAAAAGCCUUACACCUGUGACCAGUGUGGUAGGAGUUUCACUCAACUUGGACAUUUAAAGGGACAUCGGCUCACUCACACUGGAGAAAAGCCUUACAGAUGUGACCAGUGUGGUAGGAGUUUCACUCAACUUGGACAUUUAAAGGGACAUCGGCUCACUCACACUGGAGAAAAGCCUUACACCUGUGACCAGUGUGGUAGGAGUUUCACUCAACUUGGACAUUUAAAGGGACAUCGGCUCACUCACACUGGAGAAAAGCCUUACACCUGUGACCAGUGUGGUAGGAGUUUCACUCAACUUGGAAAUUUAAAGAGACAUCGACGCACUCACACUGGAGAAAAGCCUUACAGAUGUGACCAGUGUGGUAGGAGUUUCACUCAACCUGAAGAUUUAAAGAGGCACUGGCGCACUCACACUGGAGAAAAGCCUUACACCUGUGACCAGUGUGGUAGGAGUUUCACUCAACUUGGAAAUUUAAAGAGACAUCGACGCACUCACACUGGAGAAAAGCCUUACAGAUGUGACCAGUGUGGUAGGAGUUUCACUCAACCUGAAGAUUUAAAGAGACACUGGCGCACUCACACUGGAGAAAAACUAUACCUCUGUAACCAGUGUGGUAGGAGUUUCACUCUAUCUGGACAUUUAAAGAGACAUCAGUGCACUCACACUGGAGAAAAACUGUACCUCUGUGAGCAGUGUGGUAGGAGUUUCACUCUAUUUGGAAAUUUAAAGAGACAUCAGCGCACUCACACUGGAGAAAAGCCUCCCAGCUGUGAGCAGUGCAGGAAGUUACAUUUGAUGGGACACUUUAAAGAAACAUCAGCACACUCACACUGUGUAGAGAGUGCACUUGAACUGUCUGGAUCCCUUGUAUGUUAAAAGAUGACACGUGAUUUGUAAAACUUGUCAUGAAAAUGUUUCAAUAAUAUUCACAUGCAUGCAA